GGGGAGCUAAGGCGGUAAGGAGGUAAGGAGGUAAGGCUUAUCAAUCUAUCUAUCUUUCUUCGUGCUUGGGUGCGGAUAACCUUAUUCUUUCUUUGCACGUUGAACCUCCCGCUGAGUGUGGAUUUGAUCUUGGACAGUCUUCUCCAUUCGAUUCACUGACAGCGUUGCGGGACGACAAGCCUAAAGAUAACGGUCUUCAAGGAAUCAACUCCACCAUGCCAAGAGCGAUUACCAUGCAGAAGAUAGAGGCUGGCAAGCCGGGGAAAGUUUACUACCCUCUCGAGGUAACUCAACACAGCACCCCUUCUCUAUCCCCUACCUCCCUCCUAGUCCAAAUCCACACCGUAGCUCUCAACCAUCGAGACCUCUUCCUUCGCCAACAUCUCUACCCCUCCCCUUCCUUCACCACCCCCCUCUGCGCCGAUGCCUGCGGCUACGUCUCCCACGUCGGUUCCGCGGCCUCCAAAUCUUGGCUCGGGAAACGCGUGAUUCUCACUCCUGGUCGUGGCUGGCACUCCGAUCCCUUCGGCCCCGAAGACGCUGGCGGAUAUAAAAUUCUAGGCGGCACGAGUACGAUUCCCAUUGGUACGCUUAUUGAAGAGGUGGUGAUUGAGCAGGAGGAGGUGGAAGAGGCGCCUGCGCACUUGAGCGAUGAGGAGGCGGCGGCGCUGCCGCUUUGUGGGUUGACGGGGUGGAGGGCGCUGGUUGUGAAGGGUGGAGAGGGGAAUCUGGGGGCGGGGAAGAAUAUUCUGAUUACCGGAAUUGGAGGCGGAGUCGCGUUGAGUGUGUUGCAGUUUGCGGUGGGGUUGGGGAGUAAUGUUUUUGUGAGUAGUGGGGAUUUAGAGAAGAUUGAGAAGGCGAAGGGGUUGGGUGCGAAAGGGGGAGUGAGUUAUAAGAGUGAGGGGUGGGAGAAGGAGUUGAAGGGAUUGUUGAAGGGAUAUGGGAAGGGUUCAUUGGAUUUGAUUGUUGAUGGAGCUGGAGGAGAUAUUGUUAGGAAGGCGACGAAAUUGUUGAAGCUCGGCGGAACAAUAGUCCAAUACGGGAUGACUAUCUCCCCCAAAAUGGACUGGUCCAUGCCGGCCAACCUGAUGAAUCUCGAGCUCAAAGGGUCGACAAUGGGAUCUCGAAAAGAAUUUAAAGAAAUGAUCCAAUUCGUUAAUGAGCAUAAAAUCAAACCAGUCGUAUCAAGAGUCGUAAAAGGAAUUGAUAAUCUAGGAGAGAUUGAAGAGUUGUUCGAGGAUAUGAAGGGGGGAAAGCAAUUUGGGAAAUUAAUCAUUGAAGUAAAGGGCUCGGAUGGAGGAGAGGGAAAGGGAAAGGGGAGUAAGUUGUGAUCUUACUGUUGUUUUUGUUGUAUAUAUGAAAGCGCGGAGAGAGUUGAUGUUGUAUGUAGGUAGGUAGAUAGAUAGGUAGUUGUGUAAUAUACUAGGAGGGUAUUUACUAUUUAGGGAACGGUUGACGAAUCUUAGACGUCUGAGAAUGGAUUGUGGAAGUACUGCUCUACUGUAAUGUUUACAGCUUGUGUUUGUGUUUGCUAGAUUAUAAGUACAUGUGAAAUAUAUAUGAUAAUGAAUUUGGCGGUUUCGUUUUUUA